GGUGUACCGCUGCGAUCCGCCGCGUACAGCCUGCCGGAAAUAUAGUCGAAGAAGAACAUUAGGGAGCGUCAGUUUGGAUCAAACCAGUUUGUUCUGCGGUAAAUUUAGUAUGCAGUUUUGUUAAAUCAUUCGUUAGAGCGGCGCAACACGUACUUUCUUUUGCACUUCUGCUGUCGAGUUACAGUAAUAUGAGCGACAACGAGAAAGAUUUACGAGAGCAGGUUGAGGUUGGAAGGAAGAAAAAGGCGGAAGACGUUUCAGAUGUGAAGUUGUUAAUAUUUGAAGCUGAUGGUGUUGAUGCAUGCUAAUGUAUUGGCUGCUGAAAAGAAGCGAUCAAGAUCUGUCCCCACUACUAGUGUUGUAAUGGCAGAUGGUAAAUGGGGGAAGAGGAGGAAAAAAGAAGUCAUAAUGUCAAACAGAAGAAAGAAGAAAUGAAGGGUUGUUUUGAAGUAAUGAAGUUAAAGAAGUUAUGAAGUUAAGAUCAGAAGUUUACCAGGGACUCGAGGCCUGGCUCGGGGAGUGCGUCCCCUCGGGGCUCGGUGAGAUCCGCCAGCCACUCACCGGCGCACUCCAAAGAUGGCUCCGGUCAUUCCAGGUCUAGAUCUCGCUCUAGAUCCAGAUCAAAAUCUAGGUCCCAUUCCCAUCGAAGUUCACGCCGGCACUACUCGCGUUCCCGUUCCCGCUCCCAUCGACGCCGUUCCAGGAGCCGAUCUCGUAGCUGGCGCAGACGAAGGAGCCAUAGCCGUUCCCCCAUGUCAAAUCGUCGCAGACACAUUGGCAAUAGGGCCAACCCAGACCCCAACAACUGUCUGGGUGUGUUUGGACUGAGUCUGUACACUACUGAGAGGGAUCUCAGGGACGUUUUCUCUAAGUACGGCCCUUUGAGUGACGUCAGCAUUGUGUACGACCAGCAGUCACGUCGAUCAAGAGGCUUUGCCUUUGUCUACUUUGAAAACUCUGAGGACUCCAAGGAGGCUAAGGAGCGUGCUAAUGGAAUGGAGCUUGAUGGGCGCAGGAUCCGAGUAGAUUUCUCCAUCACUAAACGACCCCACACUCCCACUCCUGGAAUCUACAUGGGUCGUCCCACUUAUGGCGGUGGCGGUGGAGGUGGAGGUGGUUCAUCGCGGCGCAACUCAAGAGACUACGACAGGGGCUAUGACAGAGGCUAUGACCGAGGUUAUGAUAGAGGUUAUGAACGCGACUAUGAUCGCUAUGACGACCGAGAAUACAGAUCAUACAGACGCAGAUCUCCGUCUCCUUAUUAUAGCAGAGGGUACCGCUCGCGAUCCCGCUCACGAUCCUACUCACCACGUCACUACUGAGCAGCGAGAGAAGAGUCUGCGACACAUUCAGUGUUAUUGUUUGGACGCUUGUCUUUUUAAUGUUUUUUGACUGGAAAUUAUGUAUAAAGAGUUCAUUUGCAAAAACAGAGAAAAGCCGCUUUGUAAAUGAACCAUCACCAGUUUGAUCUGCACAAUAAAAAAAUAAAUUCGGAAAAUUCGCAAAUGAACCCUUCGUGUGAGACAGGAAUUCUGGAUUUGUUCAUACAUAAACAUGCAUUAAGUGGGGAAAAAGAAGUUGUAAAAAUGCAGUCAGUCUGAGUACCAUAGCCUCAGUGCUAUGUUAUUAGUUAGAAUAUUUCUAGGAAGAAUUAUGAGGGAGGAAUAAAGUAUUUUGCUGAAAACUUUGAAUAAAAGAAAGUAGGUUCAAGUGGAAACUGACAAUUUUUCAGAUCUGCACCAAAAACGUACAACUUCUUCAUUGACUUUGCUUUUCUCCUCACUUUUCAGAAAAUUGUAAGUAAUUAUGGGGUAUCCCUUUUACAGCUAACAGACAGGAAUCAAAAACAACCUGUUUGAUGGUGGUUAUUCUAAACUAAGGGGUGACUUGUUCAUGCUCAGUUACAGGCUUUUUCUGUGGCAGUGAUAUUACAAUUUCUUAUUUUGAUGUUUGUAUGUAGUUGGUUUCUUAAACUGUCAAGAUCCUAGUUUGCUCUUUGAAAUCUUUUAAAUGUCAUGUUCCUUUUUAAUUUUAAAUUUUUCUGACGGAAAAUACUUUUUUCUCGUAUGUAAUCGAUACAAAUGAUUUGGGUCAUUUAUGUUAUGAUUUUAGAGGCGGGAAUGCUCACAGGGUUUUGUACCAUGAGGUCCUGUGAAAGUUUUUGUUUUUUGACAGAAAUAAAAUAUUACUGUUUGGACUUGA